CUGAGGCAGUGAUUUUGACCAUCACCUGGAGCAGGGAUGCCUGCAGACUUCAAUGGGUACUGGAAAAUGGUCAGCAAUGACAAUUUUGAGGAGUAUCUGAAAGCACUGGAUGUAAAUGUUGCUGUAAGAAAAAUAGCAAACUUGCUAAAGCCUGACAAAGAAAUCCUUCAGAACGGGGAUCAUAUGAUCAUUAAAACACUAAGCACUUUUAGAAACUACAUCAUGGAAUUUGAUGUAGGAAAGGAGUUUGAGGAGGAUUUAUCUGGGGUGGAUGAUCGCAAGUGCAUGACCACUGUGUCUUGGGAUGGAGAUAAGCUGCUCUGUGUGCAGAAUGGAGAGAAGGAGGGCCGUGGUUGGACCCAGUGGAUUGAAGGAGAUGAAAUGCACCUGGAAAUAAGAGUGUGUGGAGUCACAUGUAAGCAGGUCUUUAAGAAGGUGCAGUGAGCUUCUGCUGCUACAGGGGUGAAGAACAACAGAAUUCUGACUUGCCAGCCACUCUCCAAACGUUAGUACUGAGCAUCCUCAGCACCAAGAGCAAACACAGAAAUGAAGAUCACAUUAGAACUAUGUAGU